AUUGUUAAACGAAUAAUGUAAACAUGAACGGAUUUCAAUUUUAUCGAACAUCUGUCAUCUAUUAAAAUAUAGUAAACUUGUUUAAUUUGUAAAGUAGUAAUUUAGUGGAAUAUAUUUCUUUAUCGCAAUUGGCGCUAUUUAUGUAUUAAAUUAUUUGUACAGAUAAGGCAAAUAGUAAUACAAUCUGAUCUUAUUUGUAAAAUAAAUAGAAACUAGAAAGAGAUGUUAUGUCGUGACAGUAGUUCUUUGUUGUAAAACACUUGCGUUUGCGUUUUAAAUGUCUGUAUCUUUGUGCGUUUUACGGAUAGAAAUAGACGAAGAAGUGACUGAAAUGGGUGAUAAUCCAGUUGAAGUUGAACUAGCUAAAGAGCAGAAGAAGAAAGAUAGAGGUGCCCGUGAUUCAAAGACCAUAACUGUGGAGACAUAUGCUAGUAUCGUUAUGGGACCUAACAGUGUUUCCGGGAUAUUACCCACAAGUUCACGCAGAUCUCCGUUAGAGGGUAGCACAUCAGAAGAUGAUAACACCAUCAGCUUUUUUUGUGGUAACCCAUUGGUGGAAGUUACAAAAGGUGUCCUACAUUUGUAUAAGGAAAAUGAAUUAAAGGAAGCAGAAGAAGCUAAGACUCUGUGCUUGCUAUCCGUGCCUGGUGCUUUAGGGGCCGCUGACCUAUUGGCUUUUGCGGCAGCUUGUCAGGAGGAUAUUUCACAUGUCAGGGUACUACGGGAUGGCUCGCCUGAUCAUUAUAUGGCCCUACUCACGUUUCGAACAUGUCAGUCAGCGCGGGAGUUCCAUUCUGCAUUUUCGGGUGUGCCCUACAGUAGCCUAGAGCCUCAAGCUCUGUGCCACAUGGCCUGGGUGUCUCGUGUGGAGUGGGCUCGACAUGGUGCUGCACCUCCUUCACACACAGAGUUGCCUACUUGUCCCGUUUGCUUAGAGCGCAUGGACGAGAGCGUGGCGGGCGUGCUGAGCGUGCAGUGCGCGCACGCCUUCCACGCGGAGUGCCUCGUGCGCUGGCGGGACGCGCGCUGCCCCGUGUGUCGCUGCGCGCAGACGCCCGAGCCGCGCGAGCGGGCGCUCUGUCUGCAGUGCGAGAGCGAGAGAGAGGGCGAGGACACGGCGGAGCGGGAGGACGAGUGCGCAUCUGCGGGUGAAGGGGAGGGGGGCGAGGGCGCAGCGGAGGGACUGGACGCGGGUUCGCUGUGGAUCUGUCUCAUCUGCGGACACGUCGGCUGCGGCAGAUACGAAAAAGGGCAUGCCGCUAAACAUUUCCAAGCGUCAAAUCACACUUACGCGUUACAGCUGGGCUCGAACAGAGUGUGGGACUAUGCGGGCGACAACUUCGUGCACCGCCUCGUGCAGAACAAGGCGGACGGCAAGCUGGUGGCGGCCGACGGCGCCGCGCACGACGACAAGCUGGACAACGCGCAGCUCGAGUUCACCUACAUCCUCACGCGCCAGCUGGACGGCCAGCGCUCCUACUACGAGGAGAGGAUCGCCGAGCUGGAGCGCACGCGUGCGGCGGAGCUGGGCGCGGCCGAGGCGCGCGCGGCGGGCGCGGGCGCGGAGGCGGCGGCGCUGCGCGAGCAGCUGGCCGCGCUGCGCCGCGACCACGCCGCGCUCGACCGCCGCCUGCAGCACGUCACCGCCAAGGUGUCCACGCUGCAGAGCGCGCUGUCGGAGGAGCGCGGGCUGGCGGCGGCGCUGGCGCGAUCGCACGCGCAGUGGCAGGAGCGGGCCGACGCGCGCGAGCAGGCCUUCGCCGCGGAGGUGGCAGAUCUCAAAGAACAGCUUCGCGAUGUGAUGUUCUUCGUGGAGGCUCGCGGGCAGCUGGAAAAGACUGAAGGGGCUACGCAGGAGGAAAUCGCGUCCGCUAGCGUCACCGUGCAGGCGCCAGCUAAACCGCGCCGACGAAGACGAUAACUGUCAUAUGUUUUCUAGAUUUAUUGGUAAAAAUCCGAAGCAUUCAAAAAAUAUAACACGAAAAUGAACCUUUAAGAAGCAUUUUUUAUUUGAUUUGGAUCUGAUAAAAUCAAUAAUUUUGUCUUAGAUUAUAUUAUCAGAAAAAAUAGUUUAUAAGCUGUUAUUGUAAAUAUUCAUGAAUGUUAGAAAAUGUAAAGAAAUCACUUACUACUUUAAAACUAUUCCCAUCAUAGAAUUAUAGUUUUUCAAAUAGAACUUAUGGUGGCUAUUCUUUAAAACACGAAGAUUAUCUAGCGGAGCGCGUUUCGUUUCUCACAAUUCUGCUGCAGCUUACAAAUUGCGAUAUACUGUGAUAUAACUUAAUAAUAAAGAAUUAAUUUUGGGUC